CCGUCAGGCCGACAAUCUUCGUGUGCUCGGAAGGCGCUUCUCGUCGCACACAAUGAUGCUGCAGGGCCGAUCGCCUGUCUGUGCGACACAUGUUGCUGCCGCCCAUCGCUCCUUCCCCGGGGACAUCUUGGUGCGGAAAGGCGGCUUGCUAUGGGAUGUCCUGCUCGGGACCCGUGUCGCCUUCAUGCGCGCCCAAGCCCAAGGCGGACCCUUGGCGCCGCGGCCAUCCAUGCGCGAUGCGGUCUUGUCUAGAGAUAGGAGGGGAGGUGGUGUUGGUUUGCCGGACGGCUUGGUCAGUCGAGCUGCGCGCGCUCGCGCCGAUCGACCGCUCAGCGGAAGAGAAGACCCCUCCUCAUCGGUGUUCUCGAUUAGAAAUCUCUCAACGUCGCGGGCUAUCCGGUUGCCUAAUCAUUGGACGUGUGAUCGUGGGCGGCAUCCGUCAGAUCAAUGGCCAUCCGGCGGCGACACCUGGCGGAAGCGUCGGCGGCGGCGGCGGCGGGGGGGAGGAGAGCGAGGGUUGUCGGAGAAAAGCCUCGGGGGGAUCGCCACUGCGAUGACGGUCCAGAUGUGCGGGCAGCUGUCCGAGGUGGCGGGGAUAACCUGCAGCGCGGGCAAAGGAGGGGCUGUUCUGACAGGGUCUUGUCAGAGAAUGGGUAGGGUACGAACAGCUGCCACAGUGGCUGAGACGUGUUCCGCGGGGUUGCAGGGCGGCCCGCACGUGGAGGGGGAGGUUGCCCCCGUGCGCGACGAGAGCAGUGCGAUGGGUGACACGUGCUGCGUGGGCGACAAGCCGAAGCGGAAGCGGAAGGGGGUGCGUAUGACGGCGCGCGCCGCCGCUGUUGCCGCGAAAAAGGAGACCCUCCGCACAAGCAAGGGAAAAGUGGAGCGCGGGAAUCGCAAUCGAGGGAAGAAACAGGAGGAGGAGGGGGAGGGGAGAUCGUCAAUAAGCGAGGGGGCGGAUUGGCGGUCACCAUCCACAGUGUCGCAAAGCAUGUUGAUAUCGGAAAUGGUUAGCCCUCAUAAAGCUCAGCUGAAGGAGGUGAUGGAGCACGGGAUGGGGCUCGCGGGGUUUACCGGGACGCGAUCCCGACAGGAAGCCGUCAGUAUCGAGGAGCAGCCAUUUCCGUCCUCUACGGAAUCACCGAGACAACGCGGAUAUCAGGUGAGCGUGAGCAAAGGUAGGAGUACCGUCGAUUGGGAGAGCGUAAAUCAAUGGGUGGUGUUUUCAGAUCUGCACUUGAGCCGCAAAACCUGCCAUGUGUGCCUUGAAGUGCUGAGGAAAGUUCACAGAGAAGCCUACGCCAGGAAUGCAGGGAUUGUGUUCCUUGGCGAUUUCUGGAAUGCGCGUGGAGUUCUCCCCGUCCAACCUCUCAACAUGGUUAUUGAGGAGCUCCGUACGUGGACACAGCCGAUGCUUAUGAUUCCCGGAAAUCAUGACCAGGUGACACUUGGCGGUGACGUACAUGCUCUGACGCCUGUGGAGGCAUCGAACGACAACAUUUUGGUUUUCUCUGACCCAACUGCAUUUCUGAAUGCACUUUGGGUGCCUCAUCAACGCGAUCAGAAGAACAUUGAGGACGUGACGAAGGACCAUCCUCAAGUCAAAGCAAUUUUUGCACAUGCUGACGUGCAGAAUGAAAAUUGCAAAUGGACGCUGCCCCCGAGGCAGAAAAAUGCAUUGAAGAGGGAAGAGGAAGAGAAGGAGAAGGAGAGGGGAGACAAAGUAAAGGCUCAUGAAGCCGGCUUCAAUACCGUGCCCGCCUUGACUGAUGCUGAGGUGGAAGAGAAGACUGUCCCACUCCUCAGGGCCUUAGUAGAAGUCCGGGUUGUUGAAGACCAUACUGGCCAACUCGCCAAGGUGUUUGAUGAACUCAAGAAGUUGCGCAAGGAUAUGGCCCUGAUGGCGCAGCAACACCGUGACCAGCUGCAACAUUUUGCCAACAUGCAGCCAACCCAAGUUCCCACUGUUGCGGUUCCCACCACCGCCGCUUCCACCGCUGUAGUCUCCAAUGCUGCAGUUUCUACUGCUGCUGUUUCAACUCCGGGUUUCACUCCAGCAGUUUCUGCUACGGAAGUUGCCUCCGCUGCUCGUCCUGUCACUGCUUGUUCAUCUGCUGCUAAUGCAGUUCCCACUGUGGCGGUUCCUACCGCCGCCGCUUCCACCGUUGUGGUCUCCACUGCUGCAGUUUCUACUGCUGCUGCCGCUGUGGUCUCCAUUGCUGCAGUUUCUACUGCUGCUGUUUCAACUCCGGGUUUCACUCCAGCAGUUUCUGCUACGGAAGUUGCCUCCGCUGCGGUCCCUGCUACGAAAGUUGCCUCUGCUGCGGUUCCUACUACAACACUUGUCUCUGYUGCG